CUGUUUGGUUAACACGUUUAAAUUGCGUGUUGGAAAUCGCAGUUUUUAUUUUGUGAAGAAGAUCGCCCGCGGGAUCAUCCCCGCGGGCCGCGUUCCCUUGUCGCGUCUUCUGUACGAAUUACUCCGCUGCCCUCGUAUAGCUAUCGAACCCUCUGCCCUUACCCUUCCCGGAUUCGACAUUCCUUCCUCCUUCGUUCGCGAUCGAGCACGCAAAGCCGCUUCCUGCUUCUUCGGCACUCCUUCUCUUCCAGGUAAGGACGCAUUCCUUUGGCACUGAUUCUUCUGCUCAGACCAAUCAAGUUCCGCCAUGGCUUGCCUUGAGUAAAAAAGUUGGAGCUUUUUCUCUGUGAGGGAACCAAAUCGCCCUUUCUCUCUUCCCCAGCUCUACUUCUGAGAAGCAUGACCACCAAAGCUCUACUUCUGAGAAGCAUGACCGCCGUCGCCGCUCCUUCUCGCAAGACCCUGAGCAAAAUCGUCUGGAACCGGCUGCAGAAGGAGCUUGUGGAAUGGCAGGUUAAUGCCCUGGUCUGCUUCAAACACAAGGAUAAGGCUGCACUCAUCAACUUCUCCUUAGAUUGGUGGGAAGCCUCAUGCAUUUGGUUAAGCAGCCCCUAUUCUCUCAAAGUGUGUUUAACGAAUCCCAUUGUUCAAGUUUUAAAAGCCAUUGAAUAGCAUUAGGAUCUUCAACCACCGAACCAAAAAGGCUCAUCAAAACCAUUAGCAGCUCUGAGAGGAUUGGUUUGGUAUGGACAGAGC